AUGAAGUCCUCAAGCUUAGCUUCAGGUGCUACAAAUAAAGCUGUGGUGGCAUUCGGCAGCAAUCUAGGGGAUCGACUUGCCAAUAUCGAGGCCGCUCUCUUCAAGAUGAGGGAAAACCAGCUCCAUGUCCUGAAAUUGAGCUCGCUAUACGAGACCAUGCCGAUGUACUACGAUGAUCAGGAUCCCUUCUUGAAUGGUGUCUGUCAAAUCGAGACCCCUCUUGAACCACUGCAAUUACUGGAUAUCUUGCAGAGCAUCGAGAAUGAUCUAGGCCGAAAACGCCUCAUUGACAAGGGUCCCAGGACAAUUGACCUUGAUAUCAUCCUAUAUAACCAAGCUCACUUCAAGCAUCCCCGUCUCAAUAUUCCGCAUAUGCUGAUGCUAGAGCGGGAGUUCGUUCUCAGACCUCUUGCAGACAUAUUGCCUGAUGCACGUCUGCCGACGGACUUCUCACCAACUGCUCCAUACCGCCAAAUAAGCCAACUAUUGGAGGCUCUGCCGGGGAAAGAUGCUACUAUGUCCCCUGUCACAGUUUUAAAGCCGGAAAUGCCACUCAUCCGCACUCGCGAUGUAUCUCGCAAGACUCAUGUCAUGGCCAUUUUGAACCUGACCCCUGACUCUUUCUCCGAUGGAGGACUUCACACAGCCAAAGGCGCCGAAUCAAUCAAGACAACCGUUGCGAAUUUUAUCGCCGCGGGUGCCAGCAUCAUCGACAUCGGUGGCCAAAGCACUCGUCCUAAUGCUGAUUAUCUUGGACCUCACGAGGAGCUUAAACGUAUCCUCCCAAUUGUCCGACUUAUUAGGCAGAUGAAAGAAGCGGAAAAUGUCGCCAUUAGCAUCGACACUUUCCACUCCGUUGUUGCCCGGGAGACCAUUUUGGCCGGCGCGGACAUCAUUAAUGACGUCUCCGCAGGUCUGUUAGACUCUCGAAUGCUGCCGACUGUUGCAGAGCUGGGGAAGACCAUUGUUCUUAUGCAUAUGAGAGGAGAUCCUCACACAAUGACCACACUCACCGAUUACCCGGAUGGGGUCAUCAGCGGAGUAGCCCGAGAACUUUGUGAGCGCGUUCGAGCUGCCCUAGCCGGAGGGAUUAGCCCGUGGCGGGUCAUCCUCGAUCCCGGGCUGGGCUUUGCAAAGAACCAGCAACAGAACCUUGAACUUCUUCGAAGUCUUGCACAACUGCGAGAGCGGACGGAGUAUUCUCCGGUGCUAAGAAAUUUCCCUUGGCUUAUGGGCCCAAGCCGUAAAGGCUUCAUUGGCAACGUUACUGAUGUGUCGGACGCUUCGAAACGGAGCUAUGGUACUGCUGCCGCUGUCACCGCAAGUAUCGAAGGCGGCGCCGAUAUUGUCCGAAUACACGACGUUCGCGAAAUGGUCCAAGUCACCAAGAUGGCCGAUGCUAUCUAUCGACGCCCUUGA